AUGUCUAUAAGUUUGAAAGUUAAGGCAUUUGAUGUCUCAAUACGCGAUACUGAAAGGCAAACGCUGUGGUUUCGUGCCGUAUACUAUCUGUCAACCAUUAGUGAAGAGAUCUGUUUAACUAUUUCUGACUCAUUCAUAAUUGCCUCGGCUGUUAACAGUGCGUAUACAAGCUCAUGUAAGGUAACCUUUGAGAGAAAGUUUUUUGAUAGUUUUGAAUAUAAUCCACAUGAAAUUGUCUUUGGAGAAUCAGGUUUACAGGUAGCUAAAGAUGCCAUCGGUGAGUCCAAGAAACUAUACUCGUUGUUGAUCAACGGAAAGCAUUUGACGACUAUAUCCAAGGUCUCUUCAGACAGCGGACCGGUGAAUGAAUUUAAGAUUGCAAUUGAUAAUACUAUAUCAUGUCCGGAAGCAUUGGCAAACCGUCUUUUGGUUUCUAUCGAAAUGGAGUCAUUGGUUCAGAAGGAAUAUAGUCCACAGUUUACGCCAACACAGUAUAACCCGAUUUUAGUUGAUUUAAAAUAUAAAAGAAAAUUUCUAGAUGUAUUCGGAACCACAGAGACGCGGUCUACAUCUAAUUCUCCCAUUGAUCCUAAGCUUCGGGAGAUUUGUAGGAAUAUAGAACAAGAGUUAUCAAAAGAGUUAUUCACAGAUGCUAUAACAAGUGAAAAUCGUGACCGUAAUGCAAUGAUGGAAGAAAUAAACUACAUUUGUUGUAAUCAAUCUUUACUAAGAAAUUUUGUUGAUAAUUGUAACACAUCGCUAACUGAUGAGAUCCAACUUCAACUAGAUACGCGAAGACUGAUCCUAACGGCUUUCACAAAAGCCAUAUAUGGGAAGGGCAAUGAUAUACUGAAAAGUGCUAUAUCAAUGAGUAAUACUAUUGCCCUCACUACACUUGAACAUUGUUCAAUAUUUUGGGUUGAGGAUAAGGAGAUGUCAGGCAGAAAACCUAUGGCCAAGACGAUUGUAUUCAAGUCUAAAGAGUUCAAGAAUUUUGUUGCGAUGAAUACAUCCUCAAGACAGCACGAUUAUUCGACAGGGUGUAUCAAUAUAUGGUUUUGUAAUCCCGGCGAUCCAAUUCUGAUGGAACAUAAGAAAGGUAAUGUUAAAUUUGAACUGCUUCAGGUAACGGACUCGUAUUCACAAGAUAAUUUACCUAAGGUCAUUGCAGAAGGCAUUAACACUAACAGUGAAUCUCCAAACAAGUACUCGGUUUCACCCUUGCGAAUGAGUGCCAUAAAGUCAACUUCUAAUAUGAAUAUCAAGAAGGAACCACGAAACACUCCUUUAAGUAAAGUUUAUAACAUGUCUUCCGGUUAUAAGGACAUGUCUGAUGGGAAGCCAAGUCCUACCAGGAGGUUAUUUGUUGCUGAUGAUGAUAUGUCAGAAGGAGAGCUUCAAUCAGAGAACCAAUCUGUAAUUGAAAGAAACAGCAAAGAAACAGCUUUCAAUGUCAUUCCAGUUCACGGUUUCUCAAACAGUCACCUUGAUAAGGAUGUUGGGAUUGCGUUAAAUGAGAGAACAGAAGCUACCAGAAAUGCAACAAUAAUUGGAUGGGGCUCGAAUACAGACAUGUCAGAGGUAACUACAAACAAUGCUAAUUCAGGGAUAGAUUUGUUUAAGAAGGAGAAACGUAAAAUAUAUGAGCAAGAGGGUAGUCAAAGUAAAAAAGCUAAAGGAGAAUCCCAAUUUGGACCUACACAAACGGAACUACCUAAAGGUUUACUGGAUUAA